CGACCGGCGCCCGCGCAGGCCGGACUCUAUAAUACGAAAGUCGACUGGAAAGGUAACGAAUUGUGAUUAAGUGGGUGAAAAUGUGUGAACAGUGCACAAAGAGAUAAUGGAUUAUUGAUUUUUAUUGAUAUGAGUUUUAAGAAGAAUCUCUGUUAGUGUAUUUGUUUGAAAAACAAAGAUGGCGGAAGCGGAAGGUGGAGCGAGUGAACAGGAUGACGUUUCGUUCUUACGCACGGAAGACAUGGUCUGUCUGUCAUGCACAGCGACUGGUGAACGUGUCUGUUUGGCAGCGGAGGGUUUUGGUAAUCGGCACUGCUUCCUAGAGAAUAUCGCUGAUAAGAACAUACCGCCCGACCUAUCACAAUGCGUAUUCGUUAUCGAACAGGCGUUGUCGGUGAGGGCUCUUCAAGAACUAGUUACUGCUGCUGGCUCGGAAACUGGCAAAGAAAACUUAUUAGGAAAAGGUACUGGGUCGGGUCAUAGGACCUUAUUAUAUGGCAAUGCUAUUCUUUUACGCCAUCUUAACAGUGAUAUGUAUCUGGCUUGUCUAUCAACAUCGUCUUCGCAAGACAAGCUAGCCUUCGAUGUGGGUCUCCAAGAACACUCCCAAGGGGAAGCCUGCUGGUGGACAUUACAUCCAGCUAGCAAGCAGAGAUCUGAAGGUGAGAAGGUUCGUGUGGGUGACGACUUGAUUCUCGUCUCUGUUGCCACUGAAAGAUAUUUGCACACGACAAAAGAGAAUGAAGUUUCCAUAGUAAACGCUUCUUUCCACGUAACCCACUGGUCCGUACAACCUUACGGUACCGGUAUUUCACGUAUGAAGUACGUCGGUUACGUUUUUGGGGGGGAUGUACUGCGUUUCUUCCAUGGAGGGGACGAGUGCUUAACAAUACCAAGUACUUGGACUAAGGAAGGCGGACAGAAUAUCGUAGUGUAUGAAGGUGGGUCAGUGAUGUCACAGGCACGAUCCCUGUGGAGACUUGAGCUGGCUCGCACGAAAUGGGCAGGCGGUUUCAUUAACUGGUACCACCCAAUGAGAAUACGACACAUCACUACUGGGCGAUAUCUGGGAGUAAAUGAUCAGAAUGAGCUCUAUCUAGUUAGCAGAGAGGAAGCCACAACAGCAUCAUGUGCCUUUUGUCUUCGCCAAGAGAAAGAUGAUCAGAAGGUUGUUCUUGAAGACAAGGAUUUGGAAGUGAUCGGAGCUCCCAUCAUCAAAUAUGGUGACUCCACUGUUAUAGUUCAACAUUCUGAAACUGGACUCUGGUUGUCUUAUAAGUCAUACGAAACGAAGAAGAAGGGUGUGGGCAAGGUUGAAGAAAAACAGGCGAUACUUCAUGAAGAAGGUAAAAUGGACGAUGGACUCGAUUUCUCCAGAUCUCAAGAAGAAGAAUCAAGAACUGCUCGAGUUAUUAGAAAAUGUUCAUCUCUAUUUACCAAAUUUAUUAAUGGUCUUGAAACGCUCCAAGAAAACCGUCGUCACUCGAUGUUCUUCGCGUCAGUGAACCUCGGGGAGAUGGUCAUGUGCUUGGAGGAUUUGAUCAAUUAUUUUGCGCAACCAGAUGAAGAUAUGGAACACGAAGAGAAGCAGAACAAAUUCCGGGCUCUUCGGAACAGACAGGACCUAUUCCAAGAGGAGGGCAUACUUAACCUGAUAUUGGAAGCCAUCGACAAAAUCAAUGUCAUCACCUCCCAGGGUUUCCUAGCUGGAUUCCUUGCUGGAGACGAAUCCGGGCAAAGCUGGGAUAUGAUAUCAGUAUAUUUGUAUCAACUGUUGGCUGCCAUUAUAAAAGGCAACCAUACUAAUUGCGCGCAGUUUGCUAACUCAAACCGCCUCAAUUGGCUUUUCUCGCGUCUUGGGUCCCAGGCCUCAGGUGAAGGAACUGGAAUGUUAGACGUAUUACAUUGCGUGCUCAUAGACUCACCCGAGGCGUUGAACAUGAUGAGAGAUGAACAUAUAAAAGUCAUAAUAUCACUUCUGGAGAAGCACGGCAGAGACCCCAAAGUAUUAGACGUGUUGUGUUCCCUGUGUGUUGGUAAUGGGGUCGCUGUGAGAUCAUCUCAGAACAACAUCUGUGACUACCUACUCCCAGGGAAAAAUCUGCUUUUACAAACGCAACUUGUCGAUCACGUGUCGAGCGUUCGUCCAAACAUUUUCGUGGGCCGCGUUGAAGGUUCUGCCGUUUAUCAAAAGUGGUAUUUCGAAGUUACGAUGGAUCACAUUGAGAAGACGACCCAUAUGAUGCCACAUUUGCGGAUCGGUUGGGCGAACACUUCUGGAUAUGUCCCCUACCCUGGUGGGGGUGAGAGGUGGGGUGGAAACGGCGUAGGAGACGAUCUCUACUCCUUUGGGUUUGAUGGUGCCUUCUUAUGGUCUGGGGGGCGAAAAACCCCAGUCAACAGAACUCACAGUGAAGAACCCUUCAUAAGGAAAGGUGAUGUGAUCGGUUGUGCUUUGGAUCUGACUAUACCACUAAUCAACUUCAUGUUCAAUGGUGUGAGAGUUACUGGGUCCUUCACCAACUUCAACUUGGAGGGGAUGUUCUUUCCUGUUAUCAGUUGUUCUAGUAAAUUAAGUUGUCGUUUCCUUCUUGGCGGAGAACACGGUCGUCUUCGUUACGCGGCACCGGAAGGUUAUUCGCCAUUGGUAGAGUCGCUUUUACCACAACAGAUAUUGAACCUGGAACCCUGCUUUUAUUUCGGCAAUUUGGCCAAAAGAGCACUCGCCGGUCCUACUCUCGUUCAAGAUGAUACGGCCUUUGUUCCAACACCUGUUGAUACUUUAUCUAUCACUCUCCCUACAUACAUCGAACAAAUCAGAGACAAACUUGCAGAAAAUAUUCACGAGAUGUGGGCAAUGAAUAAGAUUGAGGCUGGUUGGUGUUACGGGGAAUCACGUGAUGAUUCACGUCGCGUACAUCCUUGUCUGGUGCCAUUCGAGAGGCUCCCACCAGCUGAGAAACGAUAUGACAUACAACUAGCUGUACAAACUCUUAAAACAAUCCUCGCUUUGGGUUACUACAUCAGUCUUGAUAAACCACCGGCUAGAAUACGUAACGUCCGUUUACCAAACGAUCCAUUUAUGCAAUCUAACGGCUACAAGCCAGCACCACUCGACCUGAGCGCCGUAACUCUCACCCCUAAAAUGGAUGAACUGGUAGACCAGCUCGCUGAGAACACUCACAACUUGUGGGCCAGAGAGAGGAUCCAGCAAGGAUGGACUUACGGACUGAACGAGGAUACGGAGAUGCAUAGAUCGCCUCACUUGGUCCCAUACCCGAAAGUAGAUGACGCAAUCAAGAAGGCGAACCGUGACACAGCAUCCGAGACCGUACGAACUUUACUAGUUUAUGGAUACAAUCUGGAUCCUCCCACUGGGGAACAGCAUGAAGCACUUUUGGCUGAAGCCUCUAAACAGAAGCAGGUUGACUUCAGAACUUAUAGAGCUGAAAAAAACUAUGCUGUCAGUUCUGGGAAAUGGUAUUUUGAAUUCGAAAUACUUACAGCUGGACCAAUGCGAGUUGGCUGGGCUCAUGCUGAUAUGGCGCCCGGCAUGAUGCUAGGACAAGACGAUAAUUCGUGGGCCUUUGAUGGUUAUAAUGAAGAAAAAGUGUACUCUGGUAGUACAGAGUCAUUCGGCAAGCAAUGGGCGGUCGGUGACGUUGUAGGAGUAUUCCUUGAUCUGAUAGACAAAACGAUAAGUUUUUCUCUCAACGGGGAGUUGUUGAUGGAUGCUUUGGGGGGAGAAACUACAUUUGCUGAUGUCCAAGGCGACAAUUUCGUGCCAGCCUGUACAUUGGGAGUAGGACAAAAGGCUAGGCUGUCAUACGGUCAAGAUGUGAAUUCUUUGAAAUAUUUUACCACUUGCGGUCUUCAAGAAGGAUACGAGCCUUUCUGUGUAAAUAUGAAACGUGACGUCACCCAUUGGUAUACAAAGGACCAGCCGAUAUUUGAAAAUACGGAUGAAAUGGCGGACACCAGAAUAGACGUAACAAGAAUACCAGCUGGAUCCGACACUCCACCUUGCCUUAAAAUAUCCCAUAACACGUUUGAGACGAUGGAAAAGGCUAAUUGGGAGUUCUUGAGGCUCUCUUUACCAGUUAUUUGUUUGUCCGAAUUUAUUGAUGAAUCUGAGAAAGCGCGUCGUUGGGUGGAAAUAAAAGAAAGACAACAGAUUCUCAUGAAAGAGGCUACAGAGGCUCAAAUGCCAGCUCAUAUCGACCAAAUUAUGAGAAGCGGGUUUACUAUGAACGACAUUAGAGGUCUGCAUUAUGAUGAAAACCAAGAAGAAAUGCCAUCUUCGAAAGUAAAACGACAACCUCCGAGACCUCCCAGAAAAGGGUCCAUACCCCGCGAACCUAAUGUACAGAAUUACAAUUUGCAACCAGGAACGGUAAAUGGAAUGCAUAGAUCCACAAGUGAAGCGGAAAUGGCUAAGUACGAACUUAAUGUCCAGAACUUGCCAGAAGACAAGAAAGCAGAUAAACGAGGCAGAUCUCCUUUCAAAUUCUUCCGCAGCAAACGUGGUGAGAGUGGAGAAAGGGGGAAAUCUGGCAAAUCCAAGACACCUGAUCCAUUUACUGAAACAGAAGUCUCACCGGAUAGAGGUGGCAUGAGACGGCCAAAUCCACAAAUACGCAUUUCACAAGCAAAUCAAAGAUACACUCAAGGUAGACCUAGUCGACCAAACAUUUACGGAAGCCAAACUGGCUUGAAUACAAAUUUAGCAGUAUCGACACCGCCACAGGAGCGUAAGCAAAUGACGUCAGCAACACUCAGUGCGGCGGCCACAGAGACCGUUGGAAAUGAGAUCUUUGAUGCUGAUUGUUUGAAACUUAUCAAUGAAUACUUUUAUGGAGUCAGAAUCUUCCCUGGUCAAGAUCCCACCCACGUGUAUAUCGGCUGGGUGACAACUCAAUAUCAUCUGCACUCGAAGGACUUCAACCAGAACAAGGUCACCAAAUCGUCAGUCAUCAUCACUGAUGAUUACGACCGGGUUAUUGAAAGCGUAAAUCGUCAGUCUUGCUACAUGGUGCGUGCUGAUGAAUUAUAUAAUGAAGUUAUGGCGGAAGCUACUGCUAAAGGAGCGUCUCAGGGCAUGUUUAUCGGAUGUUCUGUGGACACUUCCACAGGCACCGUUUCAUUUACUUGUGAGGGAAAGGAUACUAGCAUCAAGUUUAAGAUGGAAACUGAGACAAAACUCUUCCCAGCCAUAUUCGUUGAAGCGACGUCGAAGGAGAUUCUCCAAAUCGAGCUCGGCAGAUCAUCAACAAGUCUUCCACUCAGUGCUGCUGUUCUUCCAACAAGCGACAAACAUGUGAACCCACAGUUCCCCCCAAGACUUAAAGUUCAAUGCUUGAAACCACACCAGUGGGCUAGAGUACCAAACCAGUUCCUUCAAGUACACGCGUUGAAGUUGUCAGAUAUCCGUGGUUGGUCGAUGCUCUGUGAGGAUGCGGUGUCAAUGCUAGCCUUGCAUAUACCCGAGGAAGAUCGUUGCAUAGAUAUUCUAGAGUUGAUAGAAAUGGACAAGCUAUUAAGUUUCCAUUCACACACUCUCACUCUAUACGCCGCUUUAUGUUACCAAAGUAAUUACAGAGCUGCCCACGCGUUAUGUCAACAUGUGGAUCAAAAGCAAUUAUUGUAUGCUAUACAAUCACAGUACAUGUCGGGUCCGUUACGCCAAGGCUUCUAUGACUUGUUGAUAGCUCUGCAUCUGGAGUCGCAUGCAACCACCAUGGAAGCGUGCAAAAAUGAGUUUGUAAUACCUCUAGGGCCAGAACUUAAAGCGCUCUAUGACGAGCCUGAAAUGAAACACAGCCUUCGUUCACUACAAACCGAAAGUGUUCGACCUAUGAUGCAAAUGACUGAUAUUGCUGAAAGUAUAUCUGACAUCAGUAAUUUAUACUCUCCGUUAUUCCCGCUGGAGGUUGUCCGCGAGUUUGUGAUGACGGCCUUGGCUGAGGCAGUUGAGACCAACCAGGUCCACAACAGAGAUCCAGUGGGCGGAAGCAAUGAAAACCUCUUUUUGCCCCUCAUUAAACUGGUGGAUAGACUUCUACUAGUCGGCAUGAUGAGAGAUGAGGACGUUGAAAAACUCCUCAUCAUGAUCAAUCCAGAAACAUGGGAUCCCACAUUCGAUAAAGAAGGGAAGGAUGAGCACAGAAAAGGUCUCCUCCAUAUGAAAAUGGCAGAAGGUGCUAAACUACAGAUGUGUUACUUAUUACAACAUCUCAACGACAUCCAACUAAGACACAGAGUGGAAUCCAUUAUUGCGUUUGCUCAUGACUUCGUCGGCGAUUUGCAGACUGACCAAUUGAGGCGUUAUACUGAGAUCAAGCAAUCAGAUCUUCCAAGCGCAGUGGCUGCCAAGAAAACGAGAGAAUUCCGUUGUCCACCCCGAGAACAAAUGAAUGCUAUAUUGAGUUUCAAACAUAUGGAAGACGAUGACCCUGAGAAUUGUCCUUGUGGUGAAGAGUUGAUCACUCGUAUGAACGAGUUCCAUGAAAGCCUGAUGACGCACGUGUCCUUGAACGCUUUACAGGAACCGGACGGUGAUGAAGCUUCGGAACCACAAACAAAACCAGGUGCCUUUGGGAAACUCUACAAUAUUAUCAAUACUGUAAAAGAAUUGGAAGAGGAACAAAAGGCGAUAGAAGAACCACCGAAGAAGUCGCCAGAAGAAAAGUUCCGAAAGGUGUUGAUACAGACGAUAGUCAACUGGGCUGAAGAAUCUCAGAUAGAGACACCGAAACUUGUGAGAGAGAUGUUCAGCCUUCUAGUACGUCAAUACGACGCAAUAGGAGAACUUAUACGUGCAUUGGAGAAGACAUACGUCAUCAACGCUAAGACGAAAUUAGAUGUGGCUGAGAUGUGGGUUGGAUUAAGUCAGAUCAGAGCCUUACUUCCGGUACAAAUGAGCCAGGAGGAAGAGGAACUUAUGAGGAAGAGGCUGUGGAAACUUGUCAACAAUCACACAUUCUUCCAACAUCCUGAUUUGAUAAGAGUUCUUCGUGUGCAUGAGAACGUAAUGGCAGUGAUGAUGAAUACCCUCGGGCGACGUGCGCAGGCGCAGUCUGACGCGCCAGCCGGCGCCACACCUUCCCCAGAAGACAAAGAAAAGGAUACAUCUCAUGAAAUGGUAGUCGCGUGUUGUCGUUUCCUCUGCUACUUCUGUAGGACUGGUCGUCAAAAUCAGAAGGCUAUGUUUGAUCAUUUCGAUUUCCUGCUAGAAAACUCCAAUAUUCUUCUAUCCAGACCAUCCCUUAGAGGAUCUACACCACUUGAUGUUGCAUACUCUAGUUUGAUGGAAAACACUGAGUUGGCUUUGGCUUUACGAGAGCACUACUUAGAGAAAAUAGCCGUGUAUCUCUCUCGUUGUGGCCUUCAGAGUAAUUCAGAGCUCAUAGAAAAAGGCUACCCUGACCUUGGAUGGGAUCCAGUAGAGGGAGAAAGAUAUCUAGACUUCCUUAGAUUCUGUGUCUGGGUAAAUGGUGAAAGCGUAGAAGAAAAUGCUAAUCUAGUCAUUAGGCUCUUGAUCCGAAGACCUGAAUGCCUUGGACCAGCUCUACGAGGUGAAGGUGAAGGCCUAUUGAAAGCUAUCGUCGACGCCAACAAAAUGAGUGAGAGGAUCGCUGAUAGAAGAAAACUCAGAGAGAUGGAAGAAGGCGGCGAUAUUAGUUUCAGCCAUCCCCUCCCUCAAUCUGAAGAUGAUGAAGAUUAUAUUGACACUGGAGCCGCUAUUUUGAACUUCUAUUGUACACUGGUUGACCUCCUGGGAAGGUGUGCCCCUGAUGCUGCUGUCAUAGCUCUUGGUAAGAAUGAAUCACUCCGAGCCCGAGCCAUUCUUCGAUCGUUGGUACCACUCGAAGACCUUCAAGGAGUACUCAGCCUUCGAUUUACUCUCAACAACCCCGCUGCUGGAGAGGAAAGGCCCAAGUCUGAUAUGCCAUCGGGUUUAAUACCUGGUCACAAACAGAGUGUUGGUUUGUUCUUGGAGCGGGUGUACGGUAUCGAAACUCAGGAGUUGUUCUAUCGAUUAUUAGAAGAAGCUUUCUUACCGGACUUACGAGCUGCGACUAUGUUGGAUAGGAACGAUGGGUGUGAGUCGGACAUGGCACUGUCUAUGAAUCGCUACAUCGGUAACUCCAUUCUGCCGCUUCUUAUCAAACACGCGAACUUCUACAACGAGGCUGAGAAUUACGCUAGCUUGUUGGACGCUACUUUACACACCGUUUAUAGGUUAUCCAAAAACCGGAUGCUUACCAAGGGUCAACGUGAAGCGGUUUCAGAUUUCCUUGUAGCAUUAACAGCGGCCAUGCAACCUUCUAUGUUGCUGAAACUUUUGAGAAAACUCACUGUUGAUGUGUCCAGAUUAUCAGAAUACACAACUGUUGCGCUACGGCUGUUAACUCUCCACUACGAACGUUGUGCUAAAUACUACGGCAGUACCGGCGGCCAGGGUCUAUACGGAGCGUCCUCUGAUGAGGAAAAGCGCCUCACUAUGAUGCUGUUCUCAAACAUCUUCGACUCCCUCAGCAAGAUGGACUACGAACCUGAACUGUUCGGGAAAGCUCUUCCAUGCCUCAUUGCUAUUGGAUGCGCUCUACCACCGGAUUACUCUUUAUCUAAGAAUUACGACGACGAGUUUUACGGAAAAGAAACACAACAUACCACAGGCGCUGAUAAUCCACAAUACGAUCCCCAACCUAUAAACACUUCUUCAGUAGCACUCAACAAUGAUCUCAAUACAAUCGUACAGAAGUUUUCCGAACAUUACCACGACGCUUGGGCUUCAAGAAAAAUUGAAAAUGGUUGGGUGUACGCGGAGUCCUGGUCGGACAGCCAAAAGAGCCAUCCAAGACUUAAACCUUAUAACAUGUUGAAUGAUUACGAAAAGGAGCGUUACAAAGAGCCGGUGCGCGAAUCUCUCAAGGCGUUGCUGGCCAUUGGUUGGUCCGUGGAGCAUUCGGAAGUUGACAUUCCCAGUACAAACAGGAGCUCCAUGAGGAGACAGUCAAAGUCUGGAGUCCCGGACUCAGCCACUCCCUUCAAUUAUAAUCCUCAUCCAGUAGACAUGACUAACUUGACCCUGUCCCGAGAGAUGCAAAACAUGGCCGAGCGGCUUGCCGAGAACGCUCACGACAUUUGGGCCAAGAAGAAAAAGGAGGAACUGGUCACUAAUGGAGGUGGAAUUCAUCCUCAACUGGUUCCUUACGACUUACUCACUGACAAAGAGAAGAAGAAGGAUCGAGAAAGAUCUCAGGAAUUCCUCAAAUAUCUGCAAUAUCAAGGCUACAAAUUACACCGACCCAAAACAGCUCAAGGAGACACGGAACAGACCUCUACUGGUGUGGCAAUAGAGCUCAGAUUUGCAUACUCGCUUUUGGAAAAAUUGAUACAAUAUAUUGACCGAGCGACCAUCAAUAUGAAGUUGUUAAAACCAUCCACUACCUUCAGUAGACGACCCAGCUUCAAAACCAGUACUAGGGAUAUCAAAUUCUUCUCUAAGGUUGUUCUACCUCUAAUGGAAAAAUAUUUCUCGACUCAUCGUAAUUACUUCAUCGCUGUGGCGACCGCUACAAACAACAUCGGCGCGGCAAGUCUCAAGGAAAAAGAGAUGGUAGCAGCAUUAUUCUGUAAACUGGCUAGUUUGCUACGAUCAAGGCUUGCAGCCUUUGGUCCAGACGUCCGUAUAACUGUCAGGUGUCUCCAAGUCUUGGUGAAGGGUAUCGACGCCAAGUCCUUAGUGAAAAACUGCCCCGAAUUUAUCAGAACAUCCAUGCUUACCUUCUUCAAUAACGUUGCGGACGAUCUCGGACAUACCAUAUUAAACUUACAGGAGGGUAAAUACGCUCACUUGCGUGGUACCCAUUUGAAGACUUCCACGUCACUCGGCUAUAUAAACGGGGUCCUACUGCCAGUACUUACCGCAAUGUUCGACCAUCUAGCCAACUGUGAAUAUGGAGCUGACCUAUUGCUGGAUGAAAUACAAGUGGCGUCAUACAAGAUGCUUGGGUCUUUAUACACUCUUGGCACUGACGUCACUCUUACUCACGACAGGAAGUAUUUGAAGACAGAGAUUGAGAGACAUAAACCGGCUUUGGGUUCAUGUCUUGGUGCCUUCAGUUCAACUUUCCCGGUGGCAUUCUUCGAACCCCAUCUCAAUAAACAUAAUCAAUUUUCACUUUUGAACCGAAUCGCCGACCACUCUUUAGAAGCUCAAGACAUAAUGGCAAAAAUGGAACAAUCUAUGCCAACUUUAGAAACAAUUUUGAACGAAGUUGACCAUUUUGUCGAAUCAGAUAAGACAUACAGUGAGGCACCACAUAUAAUAGAUGUAGUAUUACCGCUGCUUUGUUCUUAUUUGCCAUUUUGGUGGGCGCAAGGACCUGAUAAUGUUACUCCGACUGGAGGGAACCACGUAACAAUGGUCACAGCUGAACACAUGAACCAAUUACUUAAGAAUGUACUUAAGCUCAUCAAGAAGAACAUCGGUAAUGAAAGUGCUCCAUGGAUGACACGAAUUGCGACCUACACACAACAAAUUAUAAUAAACAGUUCCGAGGAACUGCUUAGGGAAUCAUUCCUGCCUUUGGCUGAGAGAGUGAGAAAGAGGACAGACAACAUGUUCCAUAAAGAGGAGAGCUUGAGAGGCUUCAUUAAGUCAUCAACGGAUGACACUUCCCAAGUUGAAUCUCAAAUUCAAGAAGACUGGCAGCUGUUGGUACGAGACAUUUACUCUUUCUAUCCUCUGCUGAUAAAAUACGUCGAUCUACAAAGGAAUCAUUGGCUGAGGAAUAAUAUUACGGAGGCCGAGGAGUUAUACAACCACGUGGCAGAGAUAUUCAACAUUUGGUCCAAGAGCCAAUACUUCCUUAAAGAAGAACAAAACUUCAUUUCAGCAAACGAGAUCGACAAUAUGGUUUUGAUAAUGCCUACCGCGACUAGAAGAGUAACCACCAUAGUCGAUGGCACACCUCAAGGUGGUGGGAAGAAAAAGAAGAAGCAUCGUGAUAAGAAACGGGAUAAAGACAAAGAGGUGCAGGCGUCGUUGAUGGUAGCGUGUCUGAAGAGAUUGCUGCCAGUAGGACUAAACCUUUUCGCAGGGAGAGAGCAAGAAUUAGUGCAGCACUGCAAGGAUAGGUUCCUUAAAAAAAUGUCCGAGCAAGAUGUAGCAGAAUUUGCGAAGACUCAACUUACUUUGCCGGAUAAAAUCGAUCCGGCCGAUGAAAUGUCCUGGCAGCACUAUCUCUACAGCAAGUUGGGUUCUAAGAGCAAAACUACUAUCACUGUAGAAACAGCUGAGAAUAAGGCAAAAAUCAUCGAUGACACCGUCGAACGAAUCGUUGCCAUGAGCAAAGUACUUUUUGGACUGCAUAUGAUCGACCAUCCCCAACAAAUGAGUAAGAAUGUUUACCGCUCAGUGGUAUCCAUUCAACGUAAGAGAGCUGUCAUCGCGUGCUUUAGACAGACAUCACUUCAUUCUCUGCCAAGACAUAGAGCUUGCAACAUCUUCGCGAGAACCUACUACGAGUUGUGGUUGGAAGAGGAAAACAUUGGACAAGAAGUAAUGAUUGAAGAUUUAACGCAAUCUUUUGAGGACGCAGAAUUGAAGAAAAGUGAUGUUGUAGAAGAAGAAGGUAAACCAGAUCCCUUAACGCAACUAGUUACCACCUUCUGUAGGGGUGCUAUGACAGAGAGAUCCGGAGCGCUUCAGGAGGACCCACUGUACAUGUCGUAUGCUCACAUCAUCGCCAAGUCAUGUGGUGAAGAGGAAGAAGAAGGAGGCGAGGAAGAAGAGGGAGCGGGAGGAGAACCAGAAGCGGGAGGGGGAGGGGAGGAAGAAGGAAAGGCUAGCAUACAUGAACAAGAAAUGGAAAAACAAAAGUUGUUAUUCCAUCAAGCUCGUCUCGCCAACCGAGGUGUGGCUGAGAUGGUAUUGCUGCAUAUAUCUGCCUCCAAGGGACUUCCAAGCGAAAUGGUUAUGAAAACGCUCCAGCUCGGAAUAUCCAUUCUGAGAGGCGGAAACAUUGAUAUACAAAUGGGCAUGCUGAAUCAUUUGAAGGACAAAAAGGAUGUUGGUUUCUUCACUUCGAUAGCCGGACUUAUGAACUCUUGUUCCGUUCUUGACUUGGACGCUUUUGAAAGAAAUACGAAAGCUGAAGGUCUUGGUGUGGGCCUGGAGGGUGCUGCUGGUGAAAAGAAUAUGCACGAUGCUGAAUUUACAUGCGCUCUCUUCAGAUUCAUACAACUCACUUGUGAAGGACACAACUUAGAGUGGCAGAACUAUCUUCGAACUCAGGCCGGUAACACUACCACUGUGAACGUUGUCAUCUGUACGGUAGACUAUCUGCUAAGACUGCAAGAAUCCAUCAUGGACUUCUACUGGCAUUAUUCCAGCAAGGAAUUAAUCGACCCUGCGGGGAAGGCUAACUUCUUUAAAGCAAUCGAAGUGGCCUCUCAAGUAUUCAAUACACUCACUGAGGUCAUACAGGGACCGUGCACACAAAAUCAACAGGCUUUAGCGCACUCCAGGUUAUGGGAUGCCGUCGGUGGUUUUCUUUUCCUGUUCUCUCACAUGCAGGACAAAUUGUCCAAGCAUUCGUCUCAAGUGGACCUAUUGAAGGAACUCCUCAAUUUGCAGAAAGACAUGAUCACUAUGAUGCUCUCUAUGUUAGAAGGGAACGUCGUUAAUGGUACAAUCGGCAAACAAAUGGUAGACACUCUAGUGGAGUCAGCAUCGAACGUUGAAUUAAUCUUGAAGUACUUUGAUAUGUUCUUGAAGUUGAAGGAUCUUACGUCUAGUGCCAGUUUCAAAGAAAUAGACACCAAUAACGAUGGAUGGGUUCUACCCAAAGACUUCAAGGAAAAGAUGGAACAACAAAAAAGUUAUACGCCAGAAGAAAUAGAAUUCCUUCUAGCUUGCUGUGAAACAAAUCAUGACGGGAAAUUGGACUACGUCGGGUUUUGCGAUCGCUUCCACGAACCUGCCAAAGAGAUCGGAUUUAACCUUGCUGUGUUGUUGACAAACUUAUCGGAACAUAUGCCAAAUGAACCGAGGCUAGCUCGUUUCCUUGAGACGGCUGGUUCAGUUCUCAAUUACUUCGAACCGUUUUUGGGUCGUAUUGAAAUCAUGGGGGGUUCAAAAAGGAUUGAACGUGUGUACUUUGAGAUAAAAGAGUCUAAUAUUGAACAAUGGGAGAAACCGCAGAUUAAGGAAUCCAAACGAGCAUUCUUCUACAGCAUUGUAACGGAGGGUGGUGAUAAAGAGAAACUCGAGGCUUUCGUGAACUUCUGUGAAGACGCGAUCUUUGAGAUGACGCACGCAUCAGGCCUCAUGGCUGCCUCCGAGGAAUCUGCCGGCGGGCCCAAGAACAGAGAGGCCUACCACGUUUAUAUGGGGGAUGACGAAGAGGAAAGAGCCGGCAAGGAUCCAUUCCGUCGCGGCUUCCAAUCAGUGAAAGACGGAAUAUCCGCAGCAUUCUCGUCCUUAUCACCAUCCAACAUAAAGACGAAAAUCGCUGAUCUACAACAGAUGCCGCCAUCCGAGCUAUUCAUUGGAUUCUUCAAGCUGUUCUUCUACCUUUUCUAUUAUCUAGGAUAUAGUGUUGUAAUCGUCCUAAGGUAUAUAUGUGGGGUGUUGCUGGGUCUAAUGCGUGGACCUCAGACUGAGACUCCUGUGGAACCAGUUGAAGAAGAGAAACCGGGUCAGUUGAAGAAGGGAACGAUGAGUCCAAUUCGACAUUUGCCAGCCCUUCCAGCUGCGGAUGACACAGGACAGAUGCAGGUCUCGGCCUUCGGACUGGAUAUCACCAAGGAAGAUAAUGGACAGAUUCAAGUAAAGCCUCAUGAAUCUCCGACCACAUCCACUCCAUCAUCAGGCGAGGAGGCUGAAGUAUCACCGGACGAAAGUCUCGAUCACACAGAAGAAACUCAACCACCCUCGCUUAUUGAUUUACUAGGAGGAGAACAAGCUAAAAAACAAGCCCAAGAACGUCUGGAAGCCCAAGCUGUACAACAAGCUGCCAUGUCUGCUAUAGAAGCUGAGAGCAAAAAGGCGGUGCAAGGUCCAGCCCCUUCAGCCCUCUCCCAAGUUGACCUCUCACAGUACACUAAGCGAGCGGUAUCAUUCCUCGCAAGGAACUUUUACAACCUAAAAUAUGUGGCGUUAGUGCUCGCAUUCUGUAUCAACUUCGUGCUACUUUUCUACAAGGUGUCGACUCUUGAGGUUGAAAAGAGCGAAGGUUCGGGUAUGGGAGACAUCAUCAGUGGAUCUGGUUCAGGACAGGGAUCCGGUAGUGGAGACGGUGGUAGUGGUGAAGAUGAUGACGACGGUCUUGAAGUGGUGUUGAUAGAUGAAGACUUCUUCUAUAUGGAGCACGUUAUCAACGUGGCCGCUAUGUUGCACUCCAUCGUAUCAUUGGCUAUACUCAUAGGAUAUUAUCACCUUAAGGUUCCACUGGCCAUAUUCAAGAGGGAAAAGGAAAUUGCUCGUAAAUUAGAAUUCGAUGGCCUGUACAUUGCGGAACAACCCGAAGACGACGAUUUGAAGAGUCACUGGGACAAGCUUGUCAUAUCAGCGAAGUCAUUUCCGGUCAACUAUUGGGAUAAGUUUGUUAAAAAGAAAGUUCGAGUGAAAUAUUCUGAAACAUACGAUUUCGAUUCCAUAUCAAACAUGUUGGGAAUGGAAAAGACUUCUUUCUCCGCUCAAGAGGACGAGGGAAACAAAGGAUUCGUUCAUUACGUUCUGAACAUCGACUGGCGCUAUCAAGUGUGGAAGGCUGGUGUCACCAUAACUGAUAACUCCUUUCUGUACUCUCUUUGGUAUUUCUCUUUCUCCGUGAUGGGUAACUUCAACAAUUUCUUCUUUGCCGCUCAUCUGCUGGAUGUUGCUGUUGGUUUUAAAACUCUGAGGACUAUUCUGCAAUCUGUCACUCAUAACGGAAAACAAUUGGUGUUGACCGUCAUGCUAUUGACAAUCAUAGUUUACAUAUACACCGUCAUAGCGUUCAACUUCUUCAGAAAGUUCUACGUCCAGGAAGAAGACGAUGAAGUGAAUAGGAACUGUCAUGACAUGCUGACGUGCUUCGUAUUCAACCUGUACAAGGGUGUUCGAGCUGGCGGUGGUAUCGGUGAUGAGUUAGAGCCUCCCGACGGUGAUGACUCCGAAGUCUACCGCAUCAUCUUCGACAUCUCAUUCUUCUUCUUCGUCAUUGUUAUCCUGCUCGCUAUCUUACAGGGUUUGAUCAUCGACGCCUUCGGUGAGCUCCGUGACCAGCUCGAGUCCGUCAAAGAGGACAUGGAGUCAAACUGCUUCAUAUGCGGCAUCAAUAAAGAUUACUUUGAUAAGGUGCCACACGGAUUCGACACACACGUCCAGCGCGAGCACAACCUCGCUAACUACAUGUUCUUCCUCAUGCAUCUCAUCAAUAAACCGGACACAGAAUAUACAGGUCAAGAGACAUUUGUAUGGAACAUGUAUACACAGAGAUGUUGGGACUUCUUCCCAGUCGGAGAUUGUUUCAGAAAACAAUACGAAGAUGCAAUGGGAGAGUAGAAUUAUCAAAGCUUUUGUCCCUUUCAUUACUAUGAAGUGCGACAAAGACAGCAAUAUAGCAAUAUAGCUAUGAGCGCCAUUUUGUUACAAAUGCUCAAACUUACGAUCAUUGAAGUAGAAAACGCUAAAAUGUUAUAAAAUUUGUGAAAAGAAAAAUUCAAUUUUAAAUGAUAAUGAAAUAAAAUUACGAUGUCGUCGAGAUGUUUGUUAAGUAUUUUUAUAAAUUAAUAAAAUAAAUAUUUUGCUACUUCUUUGGUCGUUUUUGAAUUCGCUUCUUUCUAUCUAUUCUUCUUGAAAGCAAGUGGCCUUUCCAGGAUUUCUAUUUAAAAAUUUUCGAUAUAGUUUAUGUAAGAUAAUUUAUCGUGUUAUAAAUAAAGUCCUUAAUCAA